CUGUCGCAGCCCGUGUGCUCAAACUGCCACCGCCGUGGCCACAUUCGUGCCAACUGCAAGGUUGUGGUGUGUCACGCGUGCGGCAAAGUCGACGAUCACUACGAAACACAGUGUCCCAACUCGAUGGUGUGCACUAAUUGCGGCGAGCGCGGCCAUUUCCGUAACCAGUGCAAGCAGAAACGAAAAUUCAACUUCUGCACUGACUGCAACUCGAAAUCGCACUCUGCAGACCGCUGUCCAAACAUUUGGCGAAGCUAUAUCACCAUAGCGUACGACAAAAAUCACAGAUUCAAAUAUCCAGCAGACUACAUAUACUGCUACAAUUGUGCGGAACGCGGGCACUACGGCGACGAGUGUCCGCGGCCGCGGGUUUCCAAGACGCCAAACAUCAACGGGUCUGCGUUCACCGGUGAAAACCUGCCCCGCGAGCUCCGAAGACAGUACCAUUCGUCCCAAUCUAGAAAGCGGCGGCCGCUAUUUGAAGAAUAUAGAGACAAAGGACACAGAGACAAGCGUCAGAAAACAUAUGACUGGAGCGACAAGAACAACAAGAAUGAAAAGAACGACAAAAACAGCAAGUUCGGCGGCAAGUACAAAGAUAACAGAACGCCUCAGCCCAAGAAAUCCGGCAUGCUACCGAAGAAACCAACAGGCCCGCCUGCUCCUUCGCGGUCCGGAUAUGUGUCUAAGCAGAAACGCAAGGAGAAGAAGGUCAAGCGCAAAUGA